UAAUAUUCCAUAUAUAUUAUGAAAUAUUAUUCCGGUAUGAACUAUUAUUCCGGGAAAGGACACAUAAUUUGUACUAUUAAUUCUUAAUUAUUUUUCAUAUAAAUAAAUAAACUAAGAAAAAAUAAAACUAAAAAAAUAAUAAACAAAAACAUAUCCGUAAAUCCCCCACCCACCUUCUUCCUCUUUUCUCCUCCAAUUUUGCCAAAUAAUCCCACUGGCCACAACCCAAUAAUCCCUCCACCCCUCCAUCAAUCCCCAUUCCGCUGACCCCCACUUUCCAUCCUUUUUCUGGAAUUUUUUUUUCAGAAAUAGCACUGUUUUAAAAAAAUUUACAAAAAUAGCACCUAAUCCUGAAAAAUUCCAGUAAUAGCAUCAUUUUCCAAAAAUCGCCACCCAGUUUGGUCUCACCAUCGUCGCGAAAAAACGUUAUUUGCUACCCUGAACGGGCUUUUUUCGAUUUCGCCAAACUUUGACCGUCCAUAACUUUGUGCUCUGCAAUCAGAACGUCAUGAUUUUUUUUUUUUUGAAUUCACAUAACUUUUUAGCGAUCGUGAUAAUCAGGUGGAAACCGUGAACGAGGGAGACUCCAGCAGUCUUUGAAACUCUGUUCGUGAACCUCGAGAUCGGGCUAAAUAAGGGGGUGAACCCUUCUCCUUCACAUCAUGUCGCCGGAAUCCUCUGAACCUCAUCGGAAAACCGCGAUUCCCGCUGUUUUUUUAUCGAUUUCGGCGACUUUCGGCCACCCAUUUACAAAACCAAGCACAUACCCACUCUUCUCACGUCUGGGAGCUACUUGGCUCAAUUUUUUUUCUUCCGAUGAAUGGUGGUUGGUGGCCAUCGAGGCAUGGUUUGGGUUUGAUAUUGUUAUUUUGAUGAACCAUGAAUCACCUAGAACCAUAUCUCGAUGAGCUUUAAACGUGGUUGGGCUUAAAUAGUUGAAAUCCGAUCCUGUGAAAAGCCUUCAAAGGCAUAGGACCUUAGUGGAAUCCUAAGUGUGGGGGAAUUCUUUUCUCUCCAAUGAAUUGAGAUUGAUGAAUGUUUCCACGUAUGGUGUAUGCUUUUGAUGUUUUGAAGGAUGGUUGAUGCGAGUCACCAGUACGUCCACUACCUGGUGAACCACGAGAAGUAUGGCACCAUGUUUGAGCAGUGGAGGUACAGUGAGGCUGGACCUCACUAGGUGUUGGACUUGGACAUGUUCACCAUGUUCAAGUGCUGGGCAGCGAUGUCUGGACUCCUCAUUCAUUCAGUGGCAACACCUCCUGGAGGUUGACGAGCUCAUCUACCGCGAGCUCUAUGUGGAGUUCUACUCCACCAUCUCCCAUGUCAUCCCGACGAGCAAGCGCAACCGACCGUAUGUGGAAUUUAUGCUAGGAGGUUAGCAACAUGUGCUGACCUAUGAUGGGUUCACCCAGGCCAUGGGGCUUGACGUCCUUGUUCGUGUUAGCACCUUGGUUGGUUGUGUUUUGGACGUCCGAACUCUGAUUCGAGAGAGAAGGUUAGACAGUCCUUAGUCAAUUAGACCAAGAGAGCUACCUUGGUAUCUCAAUCUGAAUUCUUUGGCCUAGAGACCGAGAGAGUAAUGUUCCAUCAUUAGUUGCACUUCCCUUGUGGCUCACAACCACCUCCACCACACGUUUUCAUUCAUUCUGACAAGUCAUGGUCGCUAGUUAGGGGGGCUACACCCAGGUGAAUCCUUCUCAUUUAGAGUCAAAACCAAUUACUUUUACAAUUGUCUUAAUUAUAGAUAGUAGUUUUCAACAAACAACUAAUAGCUAGAUAAUAUUUCAAACAAUCGAAGUAGGGGUACAUGGACCGGCCCGGGUUGAUAUUUAAACAUACUUGCCUUAUAUUGCACCCAAUUAAAGUUUAUACUUGAGGAUCUAAUUGAGAGUUUUCUUGUGAUAUUUGGGACGAGUCAGUGAGUAUGUCAUGGGUAGGCUAUCUUAAUAGAGCAUAUCUUAGAAAUCAUAUGUUAGCUUAUAGAAGAAGCCAUGAUAUAAAAUGUGAGGUUAUUCCCUAUUUACCGAUUUGAUUUGGUUAUUUUUCUAUAGUACAUAAGUGAAGAACCCUUUUUCUAUAGUACAUCUGCUAGACCCACCGCCAUCCUCCUACCAAUUCUGAGGUUUGUGCAUUACUUUGGUCGAACCAGUUUUCACAUGAGGUAGAUAGGCGAUGCAAGCAAGUUCACCUCUAGUGACAUGGUACUUUAUCAUGCACUCGUGCAUAAUUGGUGGCUACAUUCAGCUUGGCUAGUAGUGGACUAUCUCAAGCGGUCCACCAUCAUCUCUUCUCAUCGAGUACUUUCAGGAGGAGGUUAUAUUUGUACUAUUUCCCAAUACAUCGAUGAACCCAGAGAUGAGUUUGGAUUCGUUUUCUGGGAUACCAUGGCAAUGCAUGGGUAUUUUCUUAGAAAGCCAACUUUCAUCUUUGGAGUACAUAGACUGAUUGGAGUUAAAGUAGACCUCGCCAGGGAUGAUUUUCCUAGCCAUGUUGCUUGGUCCGAAGCAAGGAAGCUAGUUGUGCACCUUUAGAGUAUUCAUGAGUAGUAGAGACAUGGAGCCGGCUCAUCUUCCUCAGCACCACCUUCAUAGUAUCAAGAGUUGAGAUAGCAUCCUUGAGAGAAGCCGUAUAGAGGCAAGAGGAGAACUUCUUGUGUACCAAUCUAAAAACGACCAAUGUUGGGAUGUCUUCGAUUAGGAUCGUAGACAGGAACUAGAGGAGACUCGUGUUUGGAGACAACAGACAUAGGCACACCAGAAAUGCUUUCAUGAUUGGAUGCAUGGGUUUGGUCAAAAGUUUGAAAACUUCUUCUCAAGGCAAGGACCAAGAAGUGGUGGACAUUAGUGGAAAUUUCUUUCUAUUUGUGGAUUAUGUUUUUCUUUUAUUGCAUUUGGAUACUAAUAUGGAUCAUAAACUCUAGCUUUUAUCCAUUAUUUAUCAUUUAUUGUUUGUUUUGAAUUCUUAAUUCAAGUAAUCCUAUGCAAUCAAGGAGAGAACAUUAGCUAUUCUCUAUAAAACAUUCGAAAUUAGUACGACAAAUGAGGUAAGUCGUUCCAAAAAUAAAAUUCUCACAAUUAUUUGGUCCAUUGAGGACAAUCUCCAUUUUAAAGUGUGGGGUGAAAUUGUGUGCUAUGUGUUACUUCAUUGUGCUUUCUAUUGCUUUAUAUUUAGUCGAUCAAUUUAAAAAAAAUUAUCCAAGUAAAGUAGUUAUGAUAUGCAUGUGAAAUUUUUUCGAAAUAACUAAAGAUAUUUUCCAUCAAUUGACUUGUUUAGUCUCCCUUACAAGCAUGUUCACGACUCAUCUUACUAUGAAUCAACGAGUCUAGGAAAUGUCACUUGAUCUAGGGAGGAUAGUUUAGUGAGAUAUUAGUGGUUGGUCAGUGACCAUGUUUGAUGCUAGUGCAUCUCUAGUAGAAGUAAAAUUUAUACACGUUGAAUUGACAGCCAACUUGAGGAUGUGUUUUUAAUUGCAUGGAUAGAGCUUUCGAGACCCUUUAAUUUCAUUGAACCUCCACAUAAAUUGAGGUAUAGGAGUUGAAAGAGGUACUCUGACAAUGACAGAGAUACAUAAGUUGCUCUAUAAAUAUAGAUAUAGAUAUAAGAAGAUGUAGAUGUAGGUAGAUGGGUAGAUUCUCAUUCCACUAUAAAUAUAUGUGUAGAUUAUGUAAAAUAUUACUAUGAAAAUGUCAACAACAAAUAUGUGUCUAGAGUUAAAUCAAAAAAAUUAUAAUAAAUACAAUGUAGCCUAACUGGUUGUAGUGUAACUUCCUCAUUUAAGUGACCAAAGGUUCAAAUCCCAAUAAUAACACUUUUUAAUAUAAAAACAUAAACUAGACACAAUUACGAAAAUUACAUAUUUAGAAAGUGUGAUCUUCUUAGAACCACUUUUUGAUCACAAAAUAUAUGUGUAGGUAGGUAAAUAUUUAGUUUGCCUUAAUUUACACAAAAGCACCACUUUGUCUUAAAAUGUUAAAAAUCCCUAACAUAACAUGUGUAAUUUUUGUUGAACAACUUAGACCAUUGGUCUUAUUCUACAUGAGUGUAAAAAAGUCAAUAGUGUAAAUGUUUUUAAGAAAAAUUAUUAUUCUUCAUAAUUUUUCUUCAUAAUGAUACGAAAAUCAGAAAAAAUUAAAAAUAAACAUCCACAAUAUAACAAUAGAGAUGCCCGCUAAAUUAAAUGUUUGGUCACUCAAAUUACAUAAAUCUUUCACGUUUGCUAUCCAAAAACAUUUUUCCUUAUUCGUCACUAACUUUACGAAUCGUUUCAUCGUUAGUCACCGACCAACAGUUUCCGUCAUACUCCAUUAACACCGUAUGAUUUUUGAUGACAUGGCUAACAAGACUGCUGACUUGGCCAUUAACUUAACGACAUGUCAAUUAAAAAAAUUACAUUACACCUCAUUCUCUCCACAAAUCCGCCGCAACCUUUUCUUCUCCUUCCUCUUCGCAACCCUAGUUCGACAGGAACGACAACCGAUUGCAAGCCGGAGUUCUACAUCUCUCUCUAUCAAUUGACCAAGCUGCUCUUCUUCCUCUACCUCUUCUUCGCCGAACUUGCCAAAAUAAAUCACCCACACGUACGACUAUUCUUCUCCUCAAGGUAGGUGGUGGACGAGCGGUGUGGAUCUUCAUUGGUUCACAUAAAGAAUGGUCAGAAGGCGAUUAUCACGCCAUGAGGGGGUGAAAAUUAUCCUCAGACCGUGAAGUGUGCAAAUUCCAACAACCAAUGUGCAUCUCACGGGCUGUGCAAACUUCACAAUCUAACACCGUGAAAAUCACCCCAUGGUCAUUAAAAUAGUCCAAAAUGGUGCACUUUUUGGCCGAGAUCACCGUCCGCUUGCUAUUAUCAUCUCCCGUGAACAGUGACCGUGAAUUCGGCAUUGUCGGGCAUAUAUAAACACAACAGUUGGGAGAGAGGGGAGAGUUGGUUUUUGGAGAAGAACUUGGUUCUCUCUCUAGGGUUUCGACCCAAAACACCAAAGAGGAGUUUUUAGAGAGAGAGAGAGGGACCUUGAGUAAUCUUAGAGCUUAAUUGGAGGCUUUGGUUGAUUUUGGAGUCAAGGACUCAAGCCUAGAAGACGAAGAUCUUGACCUAUUUUUGUAAUUUAUCUUCUCUUUCUAUGAACUAGACCUCUUUCUCUUAGGUUGAUGAACCCUAGAUCUAGGUUUUGAUUUGAAGUUUAUAUAUGUGAAAUAUUCUGAGUUUUAUUGACGAUUUUAUCUAUUUGAUUGAUGGUUUUCAUGAAUUGCAUGUUUUGGAUUUCACUUCAUGUCAAUUGAGCUUUUGACCUAGGAGGGACAUAAUUCCCUUAGAGCCCAUUUUUGGCAUCCCCGAGGGAGUUGAUUCGAACGACCUCCUAAAGAUAUAUGAAUCCCUAGGUUGAAUAGAGCACUACCCCUCCAUAACUUUGGCGUUCCGAGUCAAUCUAGGAGAGCUCCACAACUUGUAAUUAGCUAGGUUAGUGGUUGGCUAGGUUAGUCAAUCUAGUUUUCCUAAUCACUAUUCUAGGUUGGUUAGAUAACGAAACCUAACCUAAAGUAAGGUACACCUAGGAGACCCAUGGUUUGAUAUUGUUGUUGCUUUCUUACCUUAUGCUAUACCUCGUCGUCGGUUAUGCUUAGUUGUCGAUUGGGAUGUGUAGUUAGAGUCGAGCAAAGUUUUAGGCGCCAUUUCCAGGGAUCAUUCUAGGUUAUCGAAAAAACGCUUAGGUCGUUACCAAGGUUGUCAACUCGCGAGUCGACCGCGGGUUGACCCACUUUGACCCUGACCCGGUGACAAAACCGGGUCGUACGCACCCACGGGGUCGACCGUUACAUGGUAUCGGAUUGGAGGUCAAAUUGUAUUAUUUUUUUCUUUGGUUUGCGAAAUACGCCUAUUUUCCGAAUUUUCUAUUCGCCUAACUCAUUCUUUGGAAUCUUUAGUUGAACAUUUGAAUAUUGAUGUUAUAUAAGUGUGUGUGAAUUUUCACUAUAUGUUGGAUUCAAGUACGACAUGUUAUUUUGAUAUAUUAUCAUAUGUUAGAUGAGAUUUGAUAUAAUUUAUCAGGAUAAGUACAAUAUAAUGACUAUUUCCAUAUGUCCGGGCUAGAUUGACCGGGUUUGGGUCAACCCACGGGUUGACAACCUUGGUCGUUACUUUAACUGUUUUUUUUUUGUGUGUUUAGUUUGUGUCGUGUUAACCCACUCUCGUCUUGAAGGGUAUUUGUGUUUGUUUGAUUUUUUUUUUGUGUUUUUGUCUGUGUAGGUUGAAUCAUGCAUGGAUCCCAAUGGCUUCUACAAUGAACAGGGUUCUAUGAUCAACCUCUCUUGGUUUGCUUACCUUGUGUUAUACUUGGUUUGCUUGGGACAAGCAACGUUGAGGGAGUUUGAUUCGGGCAUAAUUACAUGUUUUACCCCCUCAUAUCUUGAUUGUUUGACUUGAAAAUCGUCGUUCCUCGACCAAUUUUACAUUAGGUUGUGCUUCUUUUUCCACAUUUCAGUUCCUAGUACAUGUGGGAAGGUCGAAGACGAGUUUUAGGUCAUUCAGAGGUCAAAUCGAGCAAAAAAAGUGGAGGUUGUGCAAGGUUCACAGGCAGGAGGCAAUUAUCACACCCUGAGGGGCUGAAAAUAUCCCCCAGACGAUGAAGUUGCAAGCUUCACAGGCAAGAGGCAAUUAUCACGCCAUGAGGCGGUGAAAAUCUCCCCCGGACCGUGAAGUGUGCAAAUUCUAUAAACCAUUGUGCAUCUC